UCUUUUGUUUGGCUUUUUCCUGAGAUAGUUUUUGUAUGCAAUACACUAGUAAAUCGAGCAAUAUAAACUCUGUUCUUUUAUUGGCCACAGCUGUUCAGGACAGAGAUCACAAAUUCUUAAGAAGAGCAGUUGAAGAAGCUUACAAAGGUGUAGAAUGUGGAGAUGGAGGUCCUUUUGGUGCUGUUGUGGUGCUGAAUGGUGAAAUUGUUGUCAGCUGUCACAAUAUGGUUAUCAAGCAGACAGACCCUACUGCUCAUGCUGAGGUCACAGCAGUACGAGAGGCUUGCAAGAAGCUCAACAGACUUGAGCUCUCGGACUGUGAGAUUUAUGCUUCUUGCGAGCCAUGCCCUAUGUGCUUUGGUGCCAUCCAUCUUUCUCGAAUCAAGAGACUAGUUUAUGGAGCCAAAGCAGAAGCUGCUAUUGCCAUCGGUUUUGAUGACUUCAUUGCUGAUGCACUUAGAGGAACCGGGUUUUAUCAGAAGGCUAAUUUGGAAAUUAAGAGAGCUGAUGGUAACGAAGCCGUUAUUGCAGAGCAAGUUUUCGAGAAAACAAAGGCCAAAUUUCAACUGUAUUAAGAAAAACGUUCCUCCCUAAUUGUUUCCAUUGGGCACUCACUUGAUGACUAACAAAUUGUUUCCAUUGGCAUUUGUGCAAAACAAUAAAUGCUUUGAAAUAUUGGAAUUUGUUAAAUAGGGUAUUGGUGAACAUAUGAUCCUGGAUUCGCCAUUUGAUUUGUUAUGAAAUUGAGAAUGAUGGACUAAUUCCCGAUUUGGCAUAGGGAACUGCUUUUUCUCCUUGAUUUUCACUGAAACUGUGCACGAUUUCAAGUAGUAUGCAUCACUUUGACAUGUAUACGUUUGACCACAACAUGUCCACUUAUCUACGAUAUCGC